UAGGCUCCUCCUAGUGUGGCCUGAACAAUGCCAUUUCAAAGGAUGAGGAGAAGGUGAAAAAUGUCUCAAAAUCUAAAAAGGAAAACAAGGAGGAAAAAAACAUUGAUGAGAAAAACAAAAGUUCAAAACAUGAUUCACCACCUUUGCCCAAGAGUGAGAAAGAACCAAGUAACAGGAAACGCAAGAAUAAUCUGGUAGGAGAAAACCUGGAAAAAAAGCACAAGGAAGACGACUCUGAGAUGCAUAUUACCAGAGAAGUAAAGAUUGAACAAAAGGAGAGCUAUGAUGCUACAGGAAAGAAAGUGAAAGAAAACCUAUUGAAGAGAUCGACAUGUCAGGAAUCCUUUGAAGACAUGCUGAUGGGCAUGGAUGAACAGCUCAAAGAAUUCUGUGCCAGGAAGCAGAAAAAUAAGGAUAGGAAACACAAAGAAAGGGAAAAAGUCAAUACCACCAAUAAACGACAAGAGAAGGAAGAAAGUAGUCUUAGCAGACUAAAUAGAGGGCUGAAAUCAGCAGAUAGUGAUUCUAGAGAGGCAACUGAAAAACUGAUGAGCAAAGAACUUCCAGAGCAGGAAGACGAGCAUUCUGAUGAACUACAGAUCACCAGUGAAGCUUCUGGAAAUCAAGAAAGCAAGAAGUUAGAAAAAGGUGAUAAACAGAAGGAUGAGGAUCCUUCUACAAGAGUGAAGGAAGAUCAAGAUUUGAAUGGAAAUGGGAUUCCUGUUGAAAAUAAGAAAACAAAAAGGGUCCACUGCCAUACAGGUUCUGGCCAUUCCGAUGUAAAACUCAAGAAACCAAAAGUAGAGAAAACUGAAGAUGAUGAUUUACCUCAGACAUCAUCUGCGUGUAAGGCAGCAACAAGUAACUCUGCGAAGCUGAAGAAAUCGAAGACCACAAUCAAAGAAAAGGAGGGAAAGCAGAAAUUGAGGAAGGAGGGAAAAAGCAAGACUCAAUUGAAAGAGGAGGAAGAGAAGAAAAAAGAUGCAGAAAAAUGGAAAUGGUGGGAAGAAGAACACUAUGAGGAUGGUGUGAAAUGGAUGUUUCUUGAACACAGCGGUCCACUGUUUGCACCUGAAUAUGAGCCACUUCCUGAUGGUAUUGAAUUUUAUUACGAUGGUAGUCCUAUGAAAUUAAGCCUGGCAGCAGAAGAAGUGGCUACCUUCUAUGCUAAGAUGCUGGAUCAUGAGUACACUACAAAGGAUGUCUUCAGGCAAAAUUUUUUUCAUGACUGGAAGAAGGAAAUGAAUGAGCAAGAGAAAAAAAUAAUCACCGACCUAGAUAAAUGUGAUUUCACACAAAUGCAUCAAUACUUCACUGAAAAAGCAGAGGCCAAGAAAGCAUUGCCCAAGGAGGAGAAACAGAAACUAAAAGUAGAACAAGAUGUAAUCGCUGAGAUAUAUGGCUACUGUGUAAUGGAUGGACAUCGGGAGAAAAUUGCAAACUUCAAGAUUGAGCCUCCAGGUCUGUUUCGUGGACGUGGCGACCAUCCAAAGAUGGGAAAACUAAAGAAAAGGAUCAUGCCUGAAGAUGUCAUUAUCAAUUGCAGCAGAGAUUCCAAUAUUCCAGAACCUCCAAAAAAUCACCACUGGAAGGAAAUACGUUUUGAUAAUAAAGUAACCUGGCUGGCAUCAUGGACAGAAAAUGUUCAGGGGCUACUUAAAUAUGUCAUGCUCAAUCCAAGCUCAAAACUUAAGGGUGAGAAGGAUUGGCAGAAGUAUGAAAUUGCUCGGCGCCUAAAGGACAAAAUUGAUGCAAUCCGGAGUCAGUAUCAUAGAGACUGGAAAUCAAGGGAAAUGAAAACACGGCAACGAGCAGUGGCAUUAUAUUUCAUUGACAAGUUAGCACUAAGAGCUGGGAAUGAAAAGGAGGAAGGAGAAACUGCUGACACAGUUGGUUGCUGCUCACUCCGUGUUGAACACAUUAAGUUGAAUGAAAAUGAUAAAGGGCAGCAGUGUGUGGUAGAAUUUGACUUCCUUGGAAAGGACUCAAUCAGAUAUUAUAAUAAGGUUCCAGUGGAAAAACAGGUGUUCAAGAAUCUAAAAUUGUUCAUGGAGAAUAAGGAUCCUACAGAUGACCUGUUUGACAGAUUGAAUACCUCGGAUUUGAAUAAACACCUUCAGGAGUUGAUGGAAGGGCUCACUGCCAAAGUGUUUCGAACAUACAAUGCCUCCAUCACAUUGCAAGAACAAUUGGCUGAAUUGACUGAUCCUGAAGAAAGUAUCGCAGAAAAAAUCCUGUCUUACAAUCGAGCCAACAGAGCAGUGGCCAUUCUUUGCAACCACCAGAGGACACCCCCGAAAACGUAUGAGAAAUCCAUGAAAAAUAUUCAGGCCAAGAUUGAAGCCAAAAAGGAACAACUUGCAGUGGCAAAGAAAGAUCUAAAAAAUGCCAAGGUGGAUCAUAAAGUUAAAAAAGAUGAAAAAUCAAAACAAAUGGUAGAGAAGAAGAAAAAACAUUUACAGAGGAUAGAAGAACAACUAAUGAAAUUGGAAGUUCAAGCAACUGACAGAGAGGAGAACAAGCAGAUUGCAUUGGGCACUUCCAAACUCAACUAUCUUGAUCCCAGAAUCACUGUUGCUUGGUGCAAGAAAUGGCAUGUUCCUAUUGAGAAGAUCUACAACAAGACACAGCGAGAGAAAUUUGCCUGGGCCAUUGAUAUGACUGAUGAAAAUUUUGAAUUCUAAAGAAAAAGUGCUUAUUGAAAAAUAAGUGCGCAGUAUCUCAGGGAGUGGAAAAAAAAUCUGUACUUGAACACUGUUCAUCGAAUUUGUUUCUUUCAAUAUGUUAAAAUGUUUUUUUUUUCAGUGGCUUUGUUGCACAGUUGAUGGAAAAUGUUAAUUUGAAAAAAUUAAGAUGAAAGUUUUGAAAUAUGUAAAGCUUAAUGAAAGUAAACGUUUUGGCUUAACAGUGCUGUAUCACAGCAUGCUUUGAUAAGUGCAUAUUGAGAAGUGAUGAGUCUCUUGAGAGAAAGCAUGCAAUUAAAUGGUGCCUUAGUGCAUCUUGCUAUUAUCUAAAAGACGUUCAUGUUAACCUGCAAGUUCCCUCUAAACAUUUGUUUUGGAAGUUGCGGGCAGUUUGUUUUAAAUGCAUGACCCUUGUUUUGUGUAGUUAUGGCCAUAUGCAAAUGAUAACUUAAAGGGGCUGACCUUUGUGUGGUCUGAAUUGGAAUGCAAGACUUUGUGAAGCUCCGAAGAGAUGAUGGUUACAUGAAAAGUGCACAACCAUUGCAAUUGUGUAUGAAUAUUGCACAACAUAAAGCAGAAUGUAGUAUCUCAGUCUAGCUCAAGCUAUUCUGGAGAAAAGUAUAGAACAAAACAAAAACAAUUGAAUGGAAACCAUACCCUGAAAGAAAGCUAGAAAACUCAAGCAUCUAGCCCUCCUGUUUGUAGAUUAGUAUAGUCUAGGAUUGGGGUCAAGUAAUCCCUAUAUUUUUAGGCCUAAAAAGAAAACCAAGGGAAGCAAAUUAAUUGUAGAUUAUAAUCUAAAAAUAUUAUGCUUAUAUAUGGCAUUAUAUAUGUAAUGUGUAAUAAAGUCACUUAAAACAAGAAGAAACGUUGCUUGAAAAUAUCUGAGGAAAUUACUUUUUUAAAAAAAAUCAUGUACUCAAAAUCUUACCCUAUGCUGGACUGGAAGAAAUAACGAGUUUAAAGACCAACUGGAAAGGCGACAGUCAAAAGACAAUAUUGAAAGUCUCUCCUUACACUAAAUCUAGUUUCAAGAAUAAGAUUUUCUGAUAAAUGUAUUCUUCUUCCCAACACCAUCUAAGUAUUAAGUAAAUCUGAAGAACUAAGUGCUGGAAAAAUACCAGACCCACACAAAAAGAAACCAGCAAGCGACUAAACGAAUCUCAAACCUUGACCUCUUAACCUUCUCAUCAUGGUCACAAUACCAUAUAAGCAAAAAGGGAAUAUUUACAAUCUGUUCUCUUUUGUAAUUUGUGUCCCUUAUUUGAAUUUACUUUUACUAACUUGUAAUGUGGCAGUGUAAUAUUUGCUUACACGACAAAUGUUCCACCUUGGAAUUAAUAAAAAAAAAUCCAAUACAGAGCCUCCAAGAAAUAGUUGUGUGGAGAGUUUGUUAGGUGUGAUUUGACCAACCUUGUUUGAGAAUGAUGUGUAUUCUGUCCAGCGUACCACAAAUGAGCUCAGUUUACCCAAGGAGGAUAAAACCGGAUCCAUUGCAGACAAUUAACGAAGGGCAAUGAGAUGUAGUAUCUAUUAAUUGAACUAUCAAAAUCUGUUCUGGAAGACUUGAAAGCGCAGACCAGCUACAAAUAAAUUCAGAAUGUUUCAUUCUGCUUCAACCAAAUGUUUUCAACAUAUCACCACAAAUAUUAAAAUAAUGCAGAUUAAUGAUCAUUGGAUAAUUUGGAUGAGGAAACCCAUUCGAUUCAUCUUAAUUCAUUCGGGACUGGAUGCUAUAUUCGAGAUGUCAUCUGGAAAGAGUAUGAAAACGUUUGAUUACUAUCUUCUCUGACAAUUGUUUUGACUAUAUAGUUCAACAUCCAAUUUAUGACUUCUGCAUUGGUUUAUUUAUUGUAUAUCCUAAAACAAAGAUCCGUAUUAUACUUGUUUAUUUCAGUGUU